AUGAAGGAGGUCGCCGGCGGGUAUUCCGACGAGAUGUGGGCAAUAGAGGCCGUCGCCAUGCACGGCCAAGAGGAGCAGCACCAGGCCCAGCCGCCCCAGGCCCAGCCGUCCGAGGACCAGCCGCCCCAGGCACACGAGAACCAUUCCGAGCAGCACCCGGGCCAGCCGUUCGAGGCCCAGCCGCCUCAAGCCCAAGAGCACCAUGCCCGGCCGCAGCAGGCCCAGCCGUCCGAGGCCCAGCCGCCUCAGGCCCAGCCGCCUCAAGCCCAACAGCACCAUACCCGGCCGCAGCAGGCCCGGCCACACCAGGCUCGUUUUUCUAUUCUGGGCUAGAAUUUGUCACUGGUUGCGGCCAUGUCGGUUAGGAAUUCAUGCCCAGCUUUAAAAUGGCUUUUCUUCUUCAAAGGUACGGACGGGCUGCUUGCCUUUUCCAAAGUGUUUCGGCAAAG